CAGCAUUGAACCAAAGUCCGUGAGGAGCGAGAGAAAAGAGAAAGAGAGAGAGAGAGAGAGAGAGAGAUGACGCUGGGUCUGAUCAAUGCGAACCCAGUUGUUCACGCCAAGAAGGAACGAGUAGCUCGAACCGAAGAUCCCCAUGGCGAUGAUGCAGUUGAUCCCCUCGAAAUCUAUGAUUUCGUGAGAGAUAUUAGAGAUCCAGAGCAUCCAUAUUCGUUGGAGCAGCUUAGUGUGCUUUCAGAGGAAUCGAUUACUGUUGAUGAUAAACUCGGACGUAUUCUGAUAACUUUCACGCCAACCAUUCAACAUUGUAGUAUGGCAACUGUGAUUGGUUUGUGCCUUCGAGUUAAACUAAAGCAUUAUUUUCCACCACAUUUUAAGGUUGACAUUAAGGUGUCUCCAGGAUCUCAUGCAAAUGAAGAGUCAGUAAAUAAGCAGUUAAAUGAUAAAGAAAGAGUAGCUGCGGCUCUGGAGAAUCCUAAUAUUCGCCAACUUGUGGAUGAGUGCCUAUAUUCCAAUGAACUCUGAUCAAGUAACCUGACUUCUGUACAUGAGAACAUUAGUGGCCAUCAAUAAGAAACCACCUUUGUUGUAUUAUAAUUUUGGCUUUUUGUUCCCCAGCUAUAUGUGACUUGUUUUACUUUUUCUGAGUGGGCUUGCUCCACAUAAAUUUUCUCGACAUAUACACAAAUUUGCCGAAAGCCUCUUUCUUUAUAUACCAAGGUAAAAACAUUUGACCUAGAAUGUAGUUAAUGUAUUUACUGGAUGUAUUAGAAUUCCUUAAGUGGGGUGUUUGAUAUGAGGUAAAGUGAAGGUGUGAAUGAAAAUCUAAAUCAUUUUCUA